AUGAGAUACUAUUAUUCAUUCAUUGAAUAUUUGCCACCAUUUUUCUUCAUUUUUUUUUCUAAAUGGUGGUGGUCGGCUCAAAAAUCACAACUCUCUCUCACUCACUCUGUCUUUAUUUCUUUGUUUCUCUCUUUUUCUCUGUCUGUCUGUCUGUCUCUCUCUCUCUCUCUCUCUCUCUCUCUCUCUCUCUCUCUGACCAAAGAAUAUUGGAAGAUACAAAGAAGACGCAAAAUAAAUGAAAAGGCACGUGAAAAGGAAUUCUAUCUAUUCUCUACCCCUCUCUAUAUCUCCUAUCUAUCUAUCUAUCUCUCUAUAUAUAUCUCCAUCUCUGUUUCUCUAUCUAUCUAUCUAUCUAUCUAUCUAUAUAUAUAUAUAUAUAUAUAUAUAUAUAUAUAUAUAUAUAUAUAUAUAUAUCUAUCUAUAUCUCUAUAUCAAAACGUCUAUAUCUAUCUCUGUAUAUUUAUCAAAUUCUCUCUCUAUAUCUAUUCUCUCUUUAUAUUUAUCUCUCUAUUCUCUCUCUGUAUAUUUAUCUCUCUAUUCUCUCUCUUUAUAUUUAUCUCUCUAUUCUCUCUCUGUAUAUUUAUCUCUCUAUUCUCUCUCUUUAUAUUUAUCUCUCUAUUCUCUCUCUGUAUAUUUAUCUCUCUAUUCUCUCUCUGUAUAUUUAUCUCUCUAUUCUCUCUCUUUAUAUUUAUCUCUAUUCUCUCUGUAUAUUUAUCUCUAUUCUUUAUAUUUUUCUCUCUCUCUCUCUCUCUGUAUAUUUAUCUCUCUAUUCUCUCUUUAUAUUUAUCUCUAUUCUUCUCUUUAUAUUUAUCUUUAUUCUCUCUCUCUGUAUUUAUCUCUCUAUUCUCUCUCUUUAUAUUUAUCUCUCUAUUCUCUCUCUUUAUAUUUAUCUCUCUAUUCUCUCUCUUUAUAUUUAUCUCUCUAUUCUCUCUCUGUCUAUCUCUCUCCCUACCCUCUCUCUCGUUCUCUAAUUCUACUCUCUUCUAUUCUUCUUGUGUCUGGGUUGCGAAUCUUAAUGUGAAGUUGGCAUACGUUUUCUCCAUUAACACAUAUCGGUACUUGGGAAAAUUGUCUUCGUGUAAAUUCUGCUCUGAAUAUGUGCCCCCCCCCCUUUAA